AUGCGUCUGUUCAAAAGUAUUCUAUUUAAUUCUGUCCUUGCCACUGCCCUAGUACCGAAUGUCAACAUCGAGCAACAAAAUAAUAGAGGUGUCGAUCCCAGUCUCGAAUCUGUAUCGUUGCCUAAUCUAUUGACCAUCGAAAGUAUAUCGCAAGUGAAAAACUAUGAAUCUAGUGGUGUCACUUUCGAACAAGGAAGAAUACUGAUGAGUCAAAAUGGUGUUCUUUGGUCAAAGUCUCACAUCCCUUCUAAAGAGUUCACCGCGGAGAUCAUUUUCAGAUCAACUGGUAAAUCGCAAGACAUCCAAUUCCCAGAAAAUGGCUUAAACGUUUGGCUUUUAGAUGACAAGAAAAGUCAGGGUUUGGACCAGUACGAUGGAUUCAAAUUUGCAAUCAACAAUGUGGAUACACAAGGCUUGAAAAUUUUCAACAAUGAUGGAAGCAAAAAUGCUGAAAAUGGACUUGAUGUGAGCAUUGGUGAUUGCCAAUUCAGGUAUUUGGAAAGUGACGUUCCAUUCACAUUGAGAGUGUCCUAUAGUGACGACAGUUGGUUCAAGGUACAAGUCGACAACAAUCUAUGUUUCAAAACUGACAAGAUCACGUUGCCUCAGAAUCAAAACUUCAAAUUGGGAAUCACUAGUAAUACGAACCCCCAGUCUCAAGAGAAUUUUGAAAUUUUGGCUGUCAAAGUAUGGGACAAAUUGACCGAGGACGCCAUUGAUGAUCACGGACUAAUGGUUGAUGGAGAAUUGAAGGUGGAUGUUAAAAAAGUUGUUGAUACUCCACAGCUGAAUCGAGAUGAGGAUCAUGUAUCGCCCAGAGUAGUGAGGGAAUCGUUGAUGGAAAGAGCCAGAAAGCAUAGAGAAGAAAUGGAGAGGUUGCAACAACAAGGUGGAUCCAGUCCAAAUACCGAUUUGCUGUCGAUACUCAACAAAUUGAGCCACUUGGAGCACUUGGUAAAUGAGUUGCCAAAAAACUUUAAUCCAUUGUCCAGCUCGGGCAACCAAGACGGCCAGAUAGACAGAUUAUCCCAGUCUCAGUCUGAUAUCAAUAACGCCAUCAAAGAAACUCAUGAAACUAUUCGUGAAUUGAAGGAAACGUUUGUGCAACAGUAUGCCCAAUUACUUCAAGCUGUGUCUGACCUUAACCAUAAAGUCAUUGGAGAGGUUAGAGAGCAACACUUUGGUAUGGAGGAAAUCGGCAAAAAGGUUGACUUGUUGAUGAAUGAACACAAAGAAGUACAACAUCAAUACCGAAAACAAAAUGAUCAAAUGAGUCAAAAAUCGGCUCACGGGGGAUCUCAUACUGAAUCAACAGUUGAUAAAUUGAUUAGAUGGAUUAUCAUUCCUUUGUUGAUCGUGUUACUUGCGUUGGUUGUUUUCGUUUAUCGUCUUAGACAUGAUAUCAAGCAUUCCAAACUUUUAUAG